CGCAGGCAGCCUCCUUGGCGCCCCGGAACGAGCGCUCCCACGCCGACCCCCAGUCCUCAUUGGCUGUUCUGUGGGCCGCCGCCAUCUAACGAGCAGCGAGGCGCAAAGCACCCAAGCGCGCGCUCCCUGCGGCGGGAUCCAGUCCCGCGGGAGGGCGACCCGGCCGGAGCUGCAGGGGCCCAAGCUGAGGGCAAAGGUCCGGGAGCCCGGCAUCUCUGCAGAGGACGUCCGUUCUCCCUUGGCACCUCGUCUGGGUCACAGCCCGGGCCUCCCUCCAGAGCUCUGCAUCUCCAACCUGGAACCCAACCCGGAAGGCUCCAAAUUCGAAUUGAGAUCCACACGGAGUGGUAGAGACGAAGGUGAACCUCCCAAGGAACGAUGUUCUACUAUCCCAGCGUGCUUCAGCGCCACACCGGCUGCUUCGCCACCAUCUGGCUGGCUGCGACGCGCGGCAGCCGGUUGGUGAAGCGCGAAUACCUGAAGGUGAACGUGGUGAAGACGUGCGAGGAAAUCCUCAAUUAUGUGCUGGUCCGAGUGCAGCCCCCGCAGCCCGGCCUGCCGCGGCCCCGCUUCUCCCUCUACCUCUCAGCCCAGCUCCAGAUCGGCGUGAUCCGGGUCUACUUUCAACAAUGCCAGUACCUCGUAGAGGACAUCCAGCACAUCCUCGAGCGCCUGCACCGUGCCCAGCUGCAGAUCCGCAUUGAUAUGGUGGAGCCUGAGCUACCCAGCCUGCUGCUUCCUAACCGCCUGACCAUGAUGGAGACCCUGGAAGAUGCUCCAGACCCCUUCUUUGGGAUGAUGUCUGUGGAUCCCAGACUUCCUAGCCCCUUCAGGAUCCCUCAGAUUCGACAUCUCUUAGAGGCUGUGAGCCCAGAGAGAGUUCUUGAGGAGAUCCCUCCUGAAGUCCCUCCAGAGCCUAGGAAGCCAGAAAGGGUCCCGGUCACUGUGGUGUCUCCCGAGGCCAUCACCCUCCUGGAGGCGGAGCCCAUACGCAUUCUGCCCAUUGAAGGUGAACGGGACCUCCCAGAGAUCAGCCGCCGAGAGUUGGACCUGCUGGUUGCUGAGGAAGGCGAAGCUAUCUUGUUAGAGGAGCCCAAGGAGGAGCCCCGGGCCCUGGAGCCGGAAGCCAUAGUCCCUCCGCUCUCACCCACAGCUCUUGCAGAGUUGGAAAGGGCAGUAGAGCCCCUUCCAAGCGAGGUCCCAGCCCCUGAGGAGCUGAAGCUGGCAGUCUGGGAGCCUGCGGUCCCACUUCCUGAGGUGACCCCCCCGCUGGAGGUGCGUCUGCCGCCCCCAGUCAGCCCAGAGCGGAGGAGGCCCCCAGUCGCCCCACCUCCAAGGAGCCCACCUCGCCGCCGCCGCCGCCGGUUACUGUUCUGGGACAAGGAGACUCAGAUCUCCCGGGAGAAAUUCCAGGAACAAAUGCAGAUCAGAGCCCACUGCUGGGAGUGUCCAAUGGUACAGCCGCCUGAACGAACCAUCACAAGCCCUGGAGAGCUGUUUCGAACCCCGACCCACUCUGGCCGGCUACCCCCAGAACUGCUGGCUUUCUGGACCCAUUGUGCCCAGCCACCCCCAAGAGCACUCCGGCGAAGGCCGCCCCUGGAGCCUGAAGAGGAGGCUGCUGAGAGGGAGCUAGUGGCUGAGGAGGAAAGGAGAAAGCCUGAGACUCCGAGUGACAUUGAGGUCCUGAGGGAGGCCCUGGAGCCCAGUGGGCCCCUCAUGGUGUCUGCAGCAGAGCUCUCCCUAGAAGCGGCUGAGGAGGAGGCCCGCAUCAGCCUCGUGCCCCCGGAAGAGCGCUGGGCCUGGGCUGAGGUGGAGCAGCCAGAGGUCCCUGCACUGCCCGUGGUGCCUGAACUCCCUGAAGUACCGGUGGAGAUGCCUUUGGAGCUGCCCCUGGAGCCCGAGAUGCUCUCACUGGAGGCCGUGCACAGGGCAGUGGCACUGGAGCUGCAGGCCAAGAGGGCCCCUGACUUCAGCAGCCUGGUACCGCCUCUCAGCCCCCGCAGGAUGGCUGCCCGGGUCUUCUACCUGCUCCUGGUGCUUGCGGCGCAGCAGAUCCUUCACGUGGAACAAGAGAAGCCAUACGGGCGCCUUCUGAUCCAGCCAGGACCCCGAUUCCACUGUGGUUAGAGACAACUUAUAAAGCUGCCAGGAAACUGGCUACAUUAAACUAUGUUCUGCCUUACCA